AUUUUCCCUCCUAUGCAGCGUCUUAUUGGAGACUGCACAUAACGGGACAAGUCCCGGAUGUUUGGCACAGGAAAUGUUCACGUUCCCAGGGGUCAGGAAAGUCAAGGCGGUGCCAGCCGGUUCUGUACAAACUUUCAAACACGUCACAGGAAGUCUCGUUCCCUGAAGAUUUUGUAAUAACAACAGUUCUCGUUUCUUAGUAGGGCACACUUGCAGCAAAUUUGUGGAGCAGACCUGUGUGAGGGUGGUUGCUGAGAUAUUUUUCUGAGAGAAACGAAAAGAUGCUGCCCAGACUCCUGUCCCUGUUGGCCAUGCUUCACAUCGUGUCGUCUGGCGUCAUAAUUAACGAACUGAACGCCGACAACCCCCAGUCAGACGACACGGAGUACAUCGAACUCUACAACACCGACAACAGCGUCGUCGCCUUGGAUACCUACGUAGUCGUUCUGUACAACGGCGCCGACGAUACAGCGUACGACGUGAUAUACUUGACGGGGAAAAGCAUCCCGGCACGGGGGUAUUUUGUGAUAGGGUCGAGCAACGUGGUACCCAGGCCCGACUUCGUCCUGCCUACGGAUUCUAACCUUUUCCAGAACGGUCCUGACGGAGUGGCCCUGUAUAACGGGGACCCCGGGAGUUUUACCGUGGGGAUGGAUGUGACGAGAGGGGGACUUGUAGAUGCUAUCGUCUACUCAAGGUAUGCCGAUAGGCCAGCAGACGGUCUGAUCGCCAUCCUCCUUCCUGGCCAAAGUGUCGUCCUCGAAGACGAGAACUUCGACGUCCUGGACGAGUCCCUCAGCAGAUGUAACGGCACAGACGCGCUCAACACCGCCCAGUUCAGCACCAGCUACCCAUCCCCGGGCGCCGCGAACAACUGUACCCUUCCCCCGGGAGGUACGGUCACCCCGCCCGCUACCGUCCCGACCACCACCCCGGCGGGCGGCGGGGCUACUGCUAACCCCGUCCCGGACGUCGUCAUCAGCGAACUGAACGCCGACAACCCCGGGGCGGAUGACCAAGAAUACCUGGAACUACGCAACAAACGUUCCGUCACGGUCUCCCUCAGAAACUUUGUGGUCGUCUUCUACAACGGCGCGAACAACCAGGCUUACUACGUUCUGGACUUAUCCAGCUACUCUAUCCCCGCUCGUGGUUUCUUCACCAUUGGUUCAGCUAACGUCAACCCUCAACCAGACAUUGUAACGACUGAUCUAAACAUUCAGAACGGUCCGGAUGCCGUGGCGCUUUACUAUGGAGACCCUAAUAGCUUUACCGUCGGCAUGACGGUGACUAACACCAACCUUCGCGAUGUCUUGAUCUACUCCAAAAGAGCUGGCGACACGGUAGCUGGUCUCACGGACGUCCUGGCUCCCGGUCAACAACUUGUUGUCGAAAACGAGCAGGCUGUUGCCGAUGACGAGUCUAUAAGUCGGUGCGGUGGCCUCGACGCGAACACUCUGUCUCAGUUCCAGGUGACGUAUGCCACUCCAGGUGGGGAGAGCAACUGCGCUCCUCUGCCGACGGUCACGACUUCAAAUCCAACGGUCACAACGGCCACCCCGCGACCGACCACGCGUCCGUCGACGUCCGCCCCAAACGUCGUCAUAAAUGAGGUAAACGCCGACAACCCUGGCACGGAUGACCAGGAAUACGUCGAACUUUUAAACAAAGACUCCACGUCCGUCAAUCUCAACGGGUUAGUUCUCGUGUACUACAACGGCGCAAAUGACCAGGCCUACGCUGUGAUAGAUCUCUCAGGUGGGACCAUACCAGCUAACGGGUUCUACACUAUCGGCUCCAGCAAUGUCGUGCCUCGGCCUAACGUGGUGAGCGACACUUCGAUCCAAAAUGGACCCGACGCUGUGGCCUUGUAUUACGGAAACGCUGCCGACUACAUCGUAGGCAUGCCGGCCUCGCGGGCCAGCCUGGUCGACGCCGUCUUGUACUCUAGCAGAACUGGGUCUACCGCGGACUCUCUUAUGGCUACUUUGGCACCGGGGCAGCAACUGGUGUACGAAAACGCAGCGGGUACCGAUAUAGACGUGUCGGCCAGUAGGUGCGGCGGUUUAGACGCUGUGACGAUGUCCGCGUUCCAGGCUACCCGUCCGACUCCGGGAGGAGAAAACAACUGUGCCGCCCUCCCCACAGUUGCCCCCACUACCCCCAUCACCAUUCCGUCCAUCAUAAUUAAUGAGUUAAACAGUGACACGCCGGGGACAGACACACAGGAGUACAUCGAGCUCUACAACAGGGACAACACAAAUGUUGAUCUGAGCGAUUUUCAACUUGUGCUCUACAACGGAGCCGAUAAUCAAGCUUACUUGGUUAUUCAGCUGACUGGGUCAAUCUCGGCGCACGGUUAUUAUACCAUUGGGUCAACAAACGUCCAACCUCGUCCUAACUUGUUAUUUACCAAUACAGAGAAUGUUAUACACAAUGGCAUCGAUGCGGUGGCACUGCACUAUCGGCGAAGCGACAUAGUCGUGGGUACAACCGUUAGCACUGUCGGACUUGUAGACGCGUUGGUCCAUACCAAAUACGCGCCCCGUACAGAAUCAGGCUUGAUCGCUGCGUUAACUCCAGGACAAGACCCGGCUUUAGAACUGUCUUACGUAGCUGCUGGAGACGUCUCUCUUGGUAGAUGCUCCGGAAACGAUCCUCUGACACUCUCACAGUUUCGCAUGACGAUGCCCACGCCCGGAGCCCCUAACAACUGCCAGCCCCUCGCCACGCUACCGCCCCGCACCACGACACAGACACCGCCCGUCUCACAGAUCGUCAUCAACGAAAUGAACGCAGACAGCCCCUCCGUAGACGACCACGAGUACAUCGAACUGUACAACAAAGAAAACCGCGACGUGCCUCUGGACUAUUUCGUGCUGGCGCUGUACAACGGUAACACCAACACCGCGUACAGGGUCCUGUCUUUGAACGGUCGCACCAUUCCCCGCCAGGGCUACUUCGUCAUAGGGACUCCCAACACAAAUCCAGGGCUUCAAAUAGACACAAGUUUCAUUCAGAACGGCCCGGACGCCAUAGCCUUGUACUACGGGGACGCGUCCAGGUACUCUCCCGGGAUGGACGUCACCACUGACGGGCUCGUAGAUGUAGUCGUGUACGUCAACAGCGGCGGCGACAGCGGAGCAGGUCUCACGGCGGCUUUAACUCCCGGCCAGCCGCCGCUCCACGAGGACAGCCGCGUGCUAGAGUUAGACGAGUCUCUCGGCCGCUGCACUGGCAACUCUCCCAUCACGUUAUCUCAGUUCAGGGUCAUGCUACCGACUCCCGGGCGACCGAACGACUGUUCUCCGCUCCCGACGUCUGUCCCGAACGUCGCCCCGGCGGUCGUCCUGAACGAGCUGAACGCGGACAACCCGGGCAGCGACAACCAGGAAUACAUCGAGCUGUUCAACACGGAGAGCGUGACGGUUCGCCUGGACAACUUCGUGCUGGUGUUCUACAACGGGCACGACAACGCCGCGUAUACCGUCAUAGACCUGUCCAGAAACUCCGUCCCUGCAAGAGGAUACUUCGUCAUCGGAUCGCCAAACGUCACGCCGUCCCCGGACGUAGUUCUUAUGAACUCUGAGAACAUUCUACAGAACGGCGUGGACGCUGUGGGGCUGUAUUUCGGGCGGCCGAGUCAGUUCGUGGUCGGUAUGCAGGUCACGGGUGUGGAUCUGAUUGACGCUAUCGUCUACUCCAGGCGGUUCAACGACAGCAAUCCGCAGCUCAUAAGCGCCCUCACGCCGGGCGAGUCGGUACUGCACGAAGAUGACCGCGAAUUCGACGUCGACGAAACUCUGAGCCGGUGCGGCGGUACAACGCCGUUCAAACUUUCUCUGUGGCAAGUCACGACUCCGACUGCAGGCAGUGAGAACGUCUGUGCUCCUCCUAUAGUAAUAAACGAAGUAAAUGCAGACAACCCCAAUGUCGAUGACCAAGAAUUCAUCGAACUUUACAACACUGACUCUGAAAGGUCAUACUCGUUAGACAAAGUUGUGGUCGUUCUCUACGAUGGGAGCUCCAACCUGCGAGCUUACGACGUCAUAAAGUUGAGCGGGUCCAUCCCGCCGGAUGGCUAUUUUGUCAUCGGAUCGGGAAACGUGUCUCCCCGGCCGGACUUUGUUCUUCCUAACGGCGAGAACAUUUUGCAGAACGGUCCGGACGCCGUGGCGUUGUACAGCCACCAGAACCCUGACCUUUACACCGUCGGGAUGGAACCUACAGACGCCUUCCUAGUGGACGUGUUGGUAUACUCCAGGAACAGACGGCCCACCGAACUCAUCAGCCGCCUCGCCCCGGGACAGGAGGUGGUACUAGAGAGCUCUAUCGUACCGGAGGUGUCCGUGAGCAGAUGCUUCGGGAAUGAUCGCGUCACACUGUCACAGUUCCGGUCCACGUACCACACGCCCGGAGGGCCCAACGACUGCACUCCACUUCCCACCAACCCUCCUCCGACCGGUUCCAUGACCACCGCUGCAAUGGCCCCCUUGGGUGUCGUCAUCAACGAAAUCAACGCCGACAAUCCGUCCUACGACACCGCCGAGUUUAUCGAGCUGUACAACCCGGGAAAAAUCAGGGUGUCGCUAGACGGCGUCUUUUUGGUCCUCUACAACGGCGCCACCGACCUCGCGUACAACGUGGUCGAUCUGGCCGGCAACGAGGUGGCGCCCGAAAGUGUCUUCGUCAUCGGGAGUGCCAACGUCGACCCUCGGCCUGAUCUGGUGCUCGAGAGGAACGAGAACAUCCUGCAAAACGGCGAGGAUGGCGUGGCGCUGUACUACAACCCGCGAGGCAGGUACUACGGAGGGAUGACCGUGACCGCUGAUAACCUGCUGGACGCAGUCGUGUACUCCACAAGUUUCUGGAACGGCAGUAACCUCAUCCUGAACACCCUGACUCCCGGUCAACAGGCGCUGCACGAGUACAGCCGUCACAACCCGAAAGACGUGGACGAGUCUCUCAGCAGAUGUAAGGGAGUGGACCCUGUGACGCUGUCACAGUUCGUCCUGGCCUACCCUACACCGGGCGACAACAACAACUGCGAGAAUCUACCAACCACUGAUAGAUACUCGGCAGGCCUGUCCGGAGGCGGUGUAGCCGGAGUGGUGAUUGCCGUUCUGAUCGUGCUGGGAGUAGCGGCGGUGGCAGGAUUCAUCCUCUUCAGGAGAAAAACAUCAGCGGCAGAGUCAGCGGCUAAGGCUGAGUCGGGGAUAGCGUACAACAACAUGCGGCCAGACGACUCCGUCAAGGUGACCGGCCUGCCUGUCGCGUACGACGGCUUCGAUAACGUCCUCUACAACUUCGAACACGGCGACAACCUCAGUAAAGUCAACAACGAGACGGACACGUAGAGCUAGAGCAAUCUCCAAGCAGGCCUUUUUAGUAAUAAUAGACCAGGCUGUAGCCACUUCGGUGGCGAAAUGGUAUUAAACUGUCUGGCCAAUGGAAACUGCCUGGCCAAUUUGAUUCUGUCUCUGCAGCCACCAAAAGAUCUGCUUGGAGAUUAGGGCUAGAGUACAAGAGCCAAAGGAGGCAGAGUUAUAGGUAGCUAUGUAGUACUAUUGUGUGUGAACUGUUAUUGACAAGCACCAUUAUGGAUCCGCGUUAGUUUUUCAUGAUCACGUCUGUUUAGUUGUUUUGUAAAUCUCUCUCUAGGCAGUACUAAUCUGUAUGCUUUUUAUUUCACCCCAAGGGAGUGAACUAAUGCUUUUUGCUUGUCUUUGUGUAUGUAUGUGUAUGUGAGUCUGUCUGAAGAUGUGUGUGUGUGUGUGUGUGUGUGUAUGUAUGUAUGUAUGUAUGUAUGUGUAUGUGCAAGAAUUUGUGUGUGUUCCUGCAACAUAAAACACAAUGCAGCAUUGUAUCAGCAUUGCUGCUAUUUUUGUCAUUCUUCUAAAUCGUAGAGAAAAUUUUGAACAACUACUUGCUGUUGUGUCCACUGCAGCUAAUUUGACAACAAGUAAUAGAUGAGUACGUAAUAAAGAAUGAUAUAACAUAGUACAUUAAACUUAAAGUGAAAUUCAUAUUUCCUUUUAAGGUUGUAUAUU